UUAGGAGGAAUUGUCGUCCAUGGUAAAAGAAAAUAUUUAGUUUUAAAUUGAUCAAAUAUUUUUUUUAAAUAUUUAAGAAAUUUUAUUUCAUUUUUUUUUUUUCAUUUUGUUUAAACCUACUGAUUUUUGGAAACAGAAGAUACAAUGAGUGGCGGCCGAUUCGACUUUGAUGAUGGAGGAGCUUACUGUGGCGGGUGGGAAGGCGGGAAAGCCCAUGGUCAUGGAAUCUGCACCGGGCCAAAAGGCCAGGGAGAAUACUCUGGUUCUUGGAAUUAUGGAUUUGAGGUAGUAGGGAUUUACACCUGGCCCAGUGGUAAUACUUAUGAAGGAUAUUGGUCGCAAGGAAAAAGACAUGGCUUAGGCAUUGAAACUAAAGGACACUGGGUGUACAAGGGUGAAUGGACCCAUGGAUUUAAAGGAAGGUAUGGAGUCCGUCAGAGCAUGACCACUGGAGCCAAGUAUGAGGGGACAUGGCAAAGUGGACUACAAGAUGGAUAUGGUACUGAAACGUAUGCAGAUGGAGGAACCUACCAGGGUCAGUUUGCAAAUGGAAUCAGAGAGGGGUAUGGAGUACGCCAAAGUGUCCCAUAUGGAAUGGCUGCUGUUGUUCGAAAUCCUUUGCGCACCUCCCUGACCUCCCUUCGCAGCGAGCACAGCAAUGGAACAUUGGCCCAACACGAUGCCAUGUCAAUGUCUCCAGAUAACAUAGUGUCUCCAACUAUCACAAGAGGUGGCUUUGCCCUUUCGCUCUAUGCAGAUGCUGAAGCCCUCAAGGAGCAAAAGAAGGGUAUUUUCAGGAGAGGUUCCCUACUUGGUAAGCUGCGAAAAUCUGAUUCGAAGACAUCACUUUCAUCUCAAAGAAGUAAACUGAGCUUCUUGAAGGGCAUUAGCAGUAUGAGUUCUGGAGCUAGUGAUGCCACAUCUACUGUUAGUUUUGGAGACGGUACUGAACCAGAAGAAUUUCCACCAGUCGAGGCCGACAUUGAUGCCACCACCACUGAGGUCUACAUGGGUGAAUGGAAGAAAGAUAAGAGAUCUGGCUUUGGAAUAAGUGAGCGAUCCAGUGGGCUGAAGUAUGAGGGAGAAUGGUUGGACAAUCUGAGACAUGGCUAUGGUUGUACCACCUUUCCAGAUGGCACAAAGGAAGAAGGAAAGUACAGGAACAAUGUUUUCAUAAAAGGAAUGAAGAAGAGAGUGAUCCCUCUAAAGAGUGCGAAGAUCAGACAGAAAGUAGACAGAAGUAUAGAAGGAGCGCAAAGAGCGGCUGCCAUAGCAAGACAGAAAUCCGAGAUUGCUGCAUCCAGGACAGCUCAUGCCAAAGCCAAAGCAGAUGGAGCUGAGCAGGCAGCUCAAGCAGCAAACAAUGAGUCUAGCAUUUCAAGAACUAUGGCAAGAGAGCUCUCUCCAGACUUCUACCAGCCAGGGCCAGAGUAUAUAAAAAGAAAGCUAAUGCAGGAAAUCAUAGAAAAUGCAGAACCCAUGGAACUAAAAGAACAGGCCAGUGCAGCCAAUGAAGAGCCACCAGCACCAAUACCUUCUGAAAGUCCUCAGGUACAAGAUAAGCAACCAACUUCGCAGGAUGUUUCACCAGUACAAACCCCAUCCCCACAAAUGGCUGCCACUCCACCAGAUGCCAAGAGACUUAGGACAAGCUCCCAGAAAGAGAGGUUACUUACUCCUGGGAACUGGAAUGGGGAACAAACUCGUGGUGGAAGUCGAGCUACCUCCCCGCCUAAUAGCCCUUCCAAGCCAAGUAACCAAGGAACGUCUGCAAAUGUCACCAAAUUUGAAAGCCAAAUGAAACCACUUCAACAGCUGGAAAACAAAUCAACCAUUUCAGAUGUUGAGUUUCACAAGGGCUAUCACAGCUAUGCUGUGCGGACCUCCCCAGUGACUCCUCCACCGGAUUAUGAGGAUAAAGCAUUCCCAUCACCAGCAACACCAACUAAGUCAAGAACUGCCGAUUUGAAGGAAGAAAAGAAGGAUGUUUUACCAUCCCAAAAACUCCAAGAACAUGAGGCUGCUACUGAACCUCCCAAAAAAGAGUUUAAAGUUAAACCUAGUGACGAAAACAGGUUGGAUGUGAAAGUUUUAGAACCCAAGAAUGAGACCAAGAUAGUCCAGAAAUAUGAGCAAAAAUCUAUUCAGAAAUCUGAACCAAAGGUUGCACAGAAAGCGACUAAAGCAGAGCCAAAAGUCACACCCAAAGCUGCUCCUCAAAAACCUGAACAAAAAGCUCCGGCCAAGACUGAGUCCAAGGCAUUGGUUAAGUUUGAACCUAAGAGCCUGGUUAAGAAGGGUGCCCAAGCUGCUGCUGUGAAACCAGAAGAAGAAAUUGAAGAGAGACCUGAUACAAUCAUGAUCUGCAUGGUAAUAUUACUGAAUAUUGGCCUGUCUAUCCUAUUCGUACAUCUACUGACAUGAAGAAUAAGCGAAAGACGGAUUCGUGGAUUCUGAUACGUAACAAGAGGUCAUCAGGAAAAAUCAAAAAGCCGUUUUGUGCCUUGACAGUAAUUAAGAAGCCGGUAGACGAUGGACCGAUUCUUCAAUGUUCUAUCUGAGCAAUGGAUUUGUGCUUCUUUCCGCUGUCGUAUUGCACCGAGGUGUUCUGCCGUCUUGUUUGCAACGAAAGAAUAAAAAGUUAAGGGACUAUCACAACGACAAAAAAGUUAAAAAAUAAAAAAAAAGACAAAAAGAAAAAAAAAGUUCUAUCUGUGAAUAGGAGCUCAUAAACUUGGGUUUGAGGAGUUCUUUCCAUGGACACGUUGUCCACCAGAAGCCAUGGAGACCCCAAACUCAAUGCACAAGUGUAGCUUUUGUGUUUGGACAGGUUACUGGGUAUUUAUUUUCUGUGUGCAGGAUGCAGGUUGGCGAUCGCCUGUCUGAGGAAGCUGACAGGAGAUGACAUGUUUACACGUUUUCAUGCUAUAUGACAUUGUAACACCAUAAUCCAACCCCAUGUCUUAAAGGAUAGAAUUUUUUUUAGAUAGACUUUGCAUGUGUGACUGGUUUGUCCUAGAGAUGUUUUUACAAUACAAUACUAACUGAGGUGCACAUUGGUGUAUGCAUUAAACCCCUCAAUGAAAUGUUCUCUUCAUCCAUCAGGGGCCGGAGUCAUGUGAUCAGAAAGCUAUUGUGAAUGUUGCAUGUGUUUUUGGGGUGAUUAUACUGUAGUUCAGAGAGUCGUGUGCUAUUUAGUAUCUGGCUAUUGGGGUUGCUGUUUAGAAAUGUUGUAUAUUAGAUGUAUUUCAUAGUAAGGUAUAGAUAUAUAGAUAAAUAGAUAGAUGAGAUAGAUAGUUAGAUAGAUA